UCUGGAACCACAUGCUCAGAUACAUCGCCCACAGUUCCAUCAUUGUUUCCGACAGCGCAACCCAAUAUCACGGUUGUACGACGAUGGGCUUCUCUGAACAUAAGAUCGUCAAUCACAGCCAGCGGGGCCCCAGGAGGUAAAGAAGAUAAAACUGUGCAAUGUGUUAUGCGAAAGAAAUGAACAGGCGUUAUUGAAAAGUGACAUUUUUCUUUUAUUUCCCGAGCAGAUUUGUCAACACCGAUAAUCCCAAGGCCCACACUCAGAACAUCAAGUGCAGAAAUUGCCAGCUGAAGAAGUCCAUCAAGUCGCUCCGCACUGACAGGAGCCUGCAGAGCUACAACUGUAUGUACAUGUACAGGACGUGGGUCCUGUCCCAGUUGCCAACAACAUCAGCAAAAUUCCAACAGUUUCUCGGGGACAAUGCGGCCAUCUACUCGGGCCCCGGUCGUCAGGGUCUCCAACUCCGGAUGAUCGGUGUGCCCACAAAUCAACAUCUGCCGCCGGAUGAGCCCUAUUUCGAUGUUCCCGUGCACAAGGGCAACGUAGAAAAACAACAAGGGGAUGACAACUGCCCAACAACAUCAGGUGCCAACAACACCUUUGUCAUCGACCCCCAGGACCUAGCCAAAACGAGGACCAGAAGCCUCACCCCGUCCUCACCUACGCAACAUCAGAAAUAGGCUAGGCGUCGCCAAGAAGCGAAAGGUUGUGGCGGGAGACGCAGGAGGAAACGUUGUUAAAGGUGAAUGUACAAUCUGGUUUCAAAACAAUUUUCUAUUAGCCUAAGUAGUGACAGUAACCUCCGAAGAGGUAGGUCAGGUGUUUUGGACAAGCCGCGAAAGGGGCACAUAGUACUAGCCGACCGCGAUCGAAACAAAGUGUGUUGGUAAAUGACUUAGGGCCCGCGCUCAUCUUUGACUUAGGGCCCUAGGCCCCUAAGUCAAAGAUGAGCGUGGGAUCGUGCGAAAAGGACCUAACUCUGCAAUAAUUAGACUGUAAUAACAUUAGAAUAGGUCGAUAGGCUUAGCAAUGCUUAGUACGAUACAAUAAUUAGACUGUAGUAAUAGAAUAGGUC